UGAUCUCAUUGAGAUUAUUUACAUAUUCCAAAUUAAUUGUUUGUGUUUUUACUUAGUUUUAGACUGUAAUAAUUUAAUAUAGUCGUAAGUAGUUAAAGUAUGAAUAGUUUAGGAUGGAAUUUAAUAUUAAUGAGAGGUUGCUUCUGCUCAAAGGAGACAAUUACCAUUAAAGGUAGCAAAUACAUAAUCAGAGAUCGUUUAGCACAGGGCGGCUUCAGUCUCAUUGACCUUGCAGAAAGUGAUGCAACUAAACGUUUGUAUGCUAUAAAACGGAUUACGUGUCAUUCCAUCGAAGACCAAAAUAUCGCAUUGCGUGAAAUAGAAAAUUGUCGAAAAAUUGAUUCUGAAAAUGUUAUUAAAAUUGUUGACUACGAAUUGAAAGGUUCAGCUGAUAUUGUCAUAAAUACAACAAGCACUUUGUAUAUUGUCUUGCCGUUCUUUAAAAAUGGUUCAUUAUUCGAUCACUUGCAAUUGCGUGCACGUAAACAAGAUAACAUGCCAGAAGGACAAGUGUUGCAAAUAUUUUUGGGUAUAUGUGAAGGAGUUAAGGCCAUACAUGAAACAAAACCGGUACCAUUAGCGCAUCGUGAUUUAAAAACUGCUAACAUUUGUUUGUCUGAUACAUUUGAGCCGAUUAUUGUAGAUUUAGGCUCUAUGACAGAGGCGAGGUUGCAAAUAUGUGGCCAAACAGAAGCGCAAAGAUUGCAAGAUGAGGCUGAGGAAAGAAGUUCUAUAGUGUAUCGAGCACCUGAGUUGUUCUCCGUGAAAUCAUAUUGCACUAUUGAUGAACGCACAGAUAUAUGGAGUCUUGGUUGCGUUUUAUAUGCAAUAUGCUUUUUUCAUUGUCCGUUCGAUCCAAUUUAUGAGAAGGGUGAUAGUGUGGCAUUAGCAGUACUUAGUGGUAAUAUAAACAUUCCAGAUGAUUCCAUUUAUUCUCAAGAUAUGCAUGAGCUUAUUGAAUAUAUGUUACGCAUGGACCCUAUGGAGCGUCCCUUUAUAUACAGUGUUAUAGAAAAAACACAUGAUCUUAUACAAAAGUACGACCAACGCGUUUAGCAGGCAAAUAUACUUAU